AUGGUUGGGUCAAUGAUUCUUGCACUGCUAUCAUUGAGCGUGACAUCCAUUGCAUCUCCUGUUCAACUAGCUCGCCGGGCAAUCUCAACGGAGCUAUUAGAAAGAUUCACCCUAUUCUCACAGUUCGCCACCCUAUCGGCCUGCGACCAGAACAUCAAUCACACAGGCCAAAGUUUGACCUGCGACUAUGGCAACUGUCCACUCGUAGCAGCCGACAACACAACCGUAAUCGACACAUUCCACAGUGAUCACGGCCCGACAGGUUACAUCGCCCUAGACCACACGCGGAAACUGAUCGUCCUAACAUUCCGCGGAACGGUAUCCAAAAGCGAUGGCAACACAGAUCUCGAUAUCGCUCUCACCUCGGUUAGCGACGUGUGCACCGGAUGCAAAGCCCAUCAUGGGUUCUGGGCUUACUGGAGCGCCGUAGCGGCUCAGGCAACAUCCCAGCUUCACAAUGCAAUGAACGCGUAUCCGAGCUAUAGGCUGAGUGUCGUAGGACACAGUCUAGGUGGAGGUAUUGCGGCGUUAGCGGGGACUGUUCUUCGAACAAAAGGGUUCAGUCUGGAUAUUUGGACAUUCGGAGGCCCUAAACCAGGAAAUUUGAAGCUGGCCGAGUUUAUCAGCAACCAACAAGCGCCAAACAGCAUAUACCGAGCCACACAUACUACAGACCCCAUACCGAAAGUGCCGCUCAAUCUGCCAUUCUUUGAUUGGAGCCAGCCUUCGCCCGAAUACUGGAUCACCCAGAAGACUGGGGUGCAGGUCACUACUGACGGGGUGGAGUAUAUUGAAGGGAUCAAUAGCAAGGUGGGGAAUGCUGGUUCGGAUCGAGAUUUGAGGUGGCCCAAUCCUAAUCAUGGGUGGCAUUAG